AUGGCGUCGACACACCAGCCCCAGGGCGCGACCCCUUGGUUCCUUCAGUCCAACGCACCCGUCCUGCUUCCUACCUUGGACGCGCUGACCUAUUCACGCGAUGACUUUGAGGCCUACAUCCGCAAGGACCUCGCCUCGCGCCAUGACGGCGACCAUGUCACAAUGGAUGACGACCACAUGCAGCAGCAGCCUACAGAGGCGACAUCAGAGUCGUUCACCUUGCUCACCCCGUCCACGACAACGGCAGCCGACCUGGCCAGGGACGUGGACAGGAUGAAAGUCGACGCGACGCGCACAGAGGAACAAGCCAAGACGACGACGGGUCACCCCUUCAUGGACGCCCUGCUCGACAACACGGAUAAAGACGAGGAGCAGCACACCCUCAGCCUGGAGAACAAGAUGUUCACCGACAAUGGCGAUAUCACCAACGCAUCCACCACGAACCCGCUCGUCGACCUCUUCGCCGAGCUAGAGGACGUCGUCACCGGCCCGCGCCUUAACGACCUCCUCCACGCAGCAUGGGCGCACGACCCCCUCACCACGCUCAAGGUCAUCUUCAACGCACGCUCCAUUCAUCUCGGCAAGUCAAGCCGAAAGACUUUCUACCUCUGCGCCGGAUGGCUGGCCACGCACCAUCCCCACACCCUCGUCGCCAAUCUCCCAUGGCUGAGUCGGCCCGUCAUCCAGAAGAAGGAGAAGAAGGACGAUGACGACGCUGACCUGGUCAUCGUCGAGGCCGAAAAGGACGAGAACGACCCGGCCAGGUACGACGUCCGCCAUGGCGUCUCCCACGGGUACUGGAAGGACCUGCUCAAUAUGCUCGCCCUCGCCGCCAACGAUGAGCUCCACGUGCUCUCCAACCCUUCCGACGUCCUCAACAUCCGGCAGAAGAAGGAGACCAAGACGCACAAGAACCGCACCUGGUCCGCUCGCGCCCAAAAGACAUCCGGCCGCAGGGCACCCACCCUCACCGCCUCCAAGUCCGAACCAUCGUCCAAGCAGAUGCCCGAGACCCAACGCCGCGCCAAGGACAAGGCCGCCUCGAAGCUCGCCAAGGACGAGCGCAUCACGACCCGACAGGCACGUCAGGCUCGCGUGGCCAGCAAGCUCCAGAACGACCCCGUCUACCGAGCCCUCCACCUCGCCAUCGCCCGCCUCUUUGCGCAGCAGCUCCAGAUCGACACCGAGCGCCUCAAGAGCAACGACAGGACACUCCAAAGGGACAUCUCGCUCUGCGCCAAGUGGGCGCCGAGCCACGACCGCUUUCACGACCGUCACACCCUCAUUGCCACCUCCAUUGCCGAGAUCCUCUUCCCCGCGUCUGCCAUCCAUACUACUACUGCCACGACCCGCGAGGUCUACCUGCGUCACGCCCGCGAGGCCUACCGCAAAGCCACCUCGGCCCUCCGCGCCCACCUCGACAUUGUCGAGCGCAACAUCACCGCCCAGACCUACGACGCCAUCCGCUACGAGCGCCUCCCCAGCCAAGCCCUACGGCAGUACACGCCCCAGUUUGUCGCGCACGACUACGACCGCUUCGAAGCCUACCUCGACAGAGUUGCCAGCGGACAGACCGUCAUCUCCGGUGCCACGCUCCUCCCCAGCGCCAUGGUCCACAGCGUCGGCGCCUACGACGACACGACGCCUCGCCUGGCCAGCGACCUCGCCAAGCUCACGCCCAAACAGCUCCUCGAGUACAGGAAGGCCCGUCUGGCCGCGCAAGUCGCCGACGGCCAAUGGAAGACCCUCGUCCAACGCAUCCGCGACGCCGGCACGCUACGCUCCAGCAUCGCCGUCUGCGACGUGUCCGGCUCCAUGGGCUCCCCCGUCUUCCCAGACGGCACGGUCCCCAUGGACUCCUCCGUUGGGCUGUCCCUGCUCGUGGCGUCCGUCACUGAACCGCCCUUUGGCGGCGCCUUUAUCACGUUUCACGACAAACCGACCGUGCAGAAGAUUGAUCUCGAGGCCCCCUUUUCCGCGCAGGUCCGUACGAUCCGCCAGGCGCAUUGGGGUUACACGACGGACUUUGAGGCCGUCUUUACGCAGUGCAUCCUCCCGCUGGCGCGUGCGCACAAGGUUCGACGGGAGGACAUGGUCAAGCGGGUUUUUGUCUUUAGCGACAUGCAGUUUAACCAGGCGCGGGUCCGGAACGAGGAAAACAAGUGGACGAGCAGCCUGGAGCGCAUUCGGGAGGAGUAUGCCCGGUUCGGGUAUGACGUGCCGGAGCUGGUGUUUUGGAACCUGGCCGGUGGGAGGGGCGGCGUCAGUCCCAAGCCUGUGACGACGGUGGACCAGGGGACGGCCAUGGUGAGUGGAUAUUCGCAGGGUCUGCUCAAGGUCUUCUUGGAUUCGGGGGGCUUUGAAGAGGAAGGGGACGAGGACGAGGCCGAGGUGAUCGACCCAGUGGAGGGGGAGGAUGGCAUGGAGAUGACGACGACUGUGAAGAAGAAACCCAUGGAUCCAUUGAACACAGUGAAGAAGGCGAUUGGGCAUCCUGCGUAUGCCAUGCUCCGCGUCGUCGAUUAA